CCUGCCCCCAUCCCCGAGGCCCCUACCCUCUCACCAGAGGAAGAACUGUAUGGAAAACACUACAGGCCUCAGUCCAGUAUCAAACUCCUUAUGUCCAUGUUUAAUAAACCAAUGCCACAAAAACCUGGACAUAAACUGCCCACUAAUAUAAUGCGGCCUAAUCUACCAGGAUUAUCUGGGGACAGAGACAUCAAUUCCAACUAUGGCCACAAACUACCAACCAAGCUUGUGAAACCAAACCUCCCAGCAGAAUUAGCUGCUCAGAUCAUGGGAUCAAAGCCUGAGAUGCGAAUGCCUGAGACUCGUGAUUUCAUGAAUGGUGAUAAUAGUAGAAGAGGUCCAACUAGGGCACCUACAAGGGCCCCUACACAACCACCUAAGAUGAUGGAGUCAAGGGAAAGCAGGGCUGGUACUAGAACAUUAUUUGCAACAUUUGCUGGGCAACAUGGGUUUGGAGGGACUCUUCAAACAAGCUUUACAACAUCUGCUGCAUGUAUCAGUGGCUGUGAGGCAGAUGCAACAUGUGUAGCAUUGGACUUUAACUCCGGCACAAACGGUUGUUGGUUUCAUACUGAUCCUCUGAUUUGUUCAGCUCUCCUUGGCACAAAGGCUACAUGUACACACUACCAGAUCAUCGAUUGCACAUCCCCAGUGGUUGAAGUAUUUACCAACAUGAACAUCUUUGGUGGUUCCUUUGUAUCAACAGCCAACACUCUGGACCAGUGUCUCAACUCCUGCACGGGCACAUGCUCUGGGGUCGACUAUAAUUUUGUCACCAAUGACUGUUUCAUUCAUACCACCACAUCUGGGUGUGGAACUAUGAACUUCAAAACAGAUUGUAACCAUUAUAAGAAAUUGGCUUGCUCUGGAACAACUACAGCAGCCAGUACUGCAUCAGGGGGUUUAAUUGGUGUAUUAGAGACAUUCUCUGGGUACCAUGCCUUCGGAGGCACAUAUAUGCCAUCAGCCACAGAUGUAGCCACCUGUGUAAACACCUGCAUCAACAAUUGUGAGGCCGUUGAUUUCAACUCUGCUUCCAACCUUUGCUUCCACCAUUCUUCAAGCUCUAGCUGCUCUUCUCUGAAUCCAAAGACCUCUUGUACUCACUACAAGAAGGUCUCCUGCUCAACAACUGUUACAGCUGUGCCUCCCUCAACAACCACAGCUACAACCACAGCUGCCCCAACUACCACCACACAAGGAGUAGUAGAGACAUACACUGGAUUCAAUCUCUUUGGUGGAACAUUCCAGAGUGGUAUCUCUAGCUCUGCUGCUUGUAUCGCUGCUUGCCAGAGCUCCAGUACGUGUGAAGCUUUGGAUUUCAACUCAGCUGAUAACAGCUGUUGGUUCCACACCAGCUCAAGCAGCUGUGGUGCAUUAAACGCCAAAUCAACAUGUACACAUUACAAGCUUGUGUCUUGUACCACAACAACAGCUGGUCCUUCAACUGUGACUACAACAACAACAGCUGCUCCCACAACAACAACUGUGUUUGGUCAGACAACUGCUAGUACUGUAAGCACAACCACAACAGCUGCACCAACCACAACAACAACA